UUGUCAGAGCCUGAGAGCGCAGGUCCUCAGCUGGCGAUAUACUAUUUGCUGGAAUACCCUGAGUGGGCUGAUGUUACCGUAGAUUACAGUGGAACGUCUAGAAAUAUCAGGGGACUGUUCUGUCUGGGCCUUACCAAUGACUUGUUGAGACAGUAAGUGAAAACACUAACUCGCAUUGGGACAAGUGUCAUUAUGAGAUGUCGUCUCUCGGUGCCUCGUUUGUGCGAAUCAAGUUUGAUGACAUUCUGUUCUAUGAGAACUGUGGUGGUGGAAGCUUUGGAAGUGUUUACAGAGCAAAUUGGAUAUCACAGGACAAAGAGGUGGCUGUGAAGAAGCUUCUUAAAAUUGAAAAUGAGGCCGAAAUUCUUAGUGUUCUUAGUCACAGAAACAUCAUCCAGUUCUACGGAGCGAUUCUUGAAGCACCCAACUAUGGUAUAGUAACAGAGUAUGCUGCAGGAGGGUCUUUAUAUGACUACCUGUCUAGCGAUGAAAGUGAGAAAAUGGACAUGGACCAUAUCAUGACCUGGGCAAUGGAAAUCGCCAAAGGAAUGCAUUAUUUACACAUGGAAGCGCCAGUGCGGGUAAUCCACAGAGACCUCAAGUCCAGGAAUGUGGUGGUAACUGCGGAUCGAGUACUGAAGAUUUGUGACUUCGGUGCCUCAAGGUUUCACUCCCACACGACACACAUGUCACUGGUGGGGACCUUUCCGUGGAUGGCACCGGAAGUAAUACAGAGCCUGCCAGUGUCUGAGACGUGUGAUACAUAUUCAUAUGGCGUGGUUCUUUGGGAAAUGCUAACACGGGAGAUUCCUUUUAAAGGCUUAGAAGGGUUGCAAGUUGCCUGGCUUGUGGUGGAGAAAAACGAGAGAUUGACCAUUCCCAGCAGCUGCCCAGCAAGUUUUGCUGAUUUAAUGAAGCAGUGUUGGGACUCAGAUCCAAAGAGAAGACCACAUUUUAAGCAAAUCAUGAUGACCCUGGAAUCCAUGUCCAAUGACAGCCAGCUUCCAGACCAGUGUAAUUCCUUCCUGCACAACAAGGCCGAAUGGAGAUAUGAAAUUGAGGCCACGUUAGAGAGACUGAAGAAGCUGGAGCGUGAUCUGAGCACUAAGGAGCAGGAGCUGAAGGAGCGGGAACGACGGCUGAAGAUGUGGGAACGGAAACUGAUAGAACAGUCCCACACGCCGCUAUUGCCAUCUCUUGACAUCUAUGCAUGGACAGAGGAGCAUGUGUAUUUCUGGAUGCAGCAACUAUUUGGAGAAGGGGAAAGCUUUUGUGACAUGAAGAGAUAUGCAGAUCUGUUUAAAGAAAACCACAUCACAGGCAAAAGACUACUACUUCUGAAGGAAAGUGACAUGAAGGACAUGGGGAUCAAAUCCAGAGGACACAUUAUUCAUUUGAAGACUGAAAUUGAGAAACUAACCCAAGAUUAUUUGAGUCUUUUCCAUUUCCCUCCUUUAAUGAAGGAUGCUGAAUCUGAAAUAGAAGAUGAUGCGACAAAAAUUGUGAAUCUGGAGCUGGUUUUCGGUUACCAUUUUAAACCAGGAAGUGGCCCUCAGGAUUGCAAAUGGAAAAUCUACAUGGAGCUGGAUGGGGAUGAAGUUGCCAUAACGUACAUUAAAGAUGUGACUUUCAGUGUCAAUAGGCCUGACGCAUAUGUCAUAAAGAUGACCAAGCCACCUUUUGUGAUGGACAAGUGGAUUGUUGGAAUAAGAGAGGACCAGGUUGUGGAAUGUGUUGUUAAUUAUGAGAAUGAUGUCAAGUCUCCCAAAACAACAAGACACAACCAUGUUGUCAGGUGGUAUUCCGUCAGUGCUCGAGACGAGAUAAAAACAGUGGAGCUUGUAAUACAAACUGCUGUACCAAACACAGAAGGCAAGCAAAGCAGUAGAUCAAACUCAAUUGUAGAUCCUCAGUGGAUAUAUGACCUGAGAAUGAAACAGUUACUGAUGAAUAUAGCACAGCAGCAUCACACAUCACUACCUCCUGCCAGCAGUGCCAGCGCAACUACUUUACCUCAGUUCUUAACAUUCUGCGCCAAUCAAGAAUCAUACGCAGCAGCUGUGAGGAGAUCCCCUAAUCGUUGUCAGGCCUCGCCUUGGAAUGACUCCAGAAGUUCAUCCCCAACAUCGGAACUGACUAGAAAACUCUCCUCGGUGCACCUCGGCUCCAAGGGAAGCAGUCCCUCCAGCACAGCGUCAGAGAGCACUUCAGAUAAAGGAUGUACAAGAGCUGGUUACCACAAUGAUUAUUCAGGUUACCGUUCCUUAAGUGUUUCUGGAGGGACUUACAGAGACACAAGGUCACCUACAGCUACAAAACCAGAGAGGCCCCGAAGAGCUCCACUGCAUUUACCAAGGACAACUAACUGGGCCUCGGCCUCGCCAAAUAAUCACCGGGUAAUUCCAGGGAUGUCUUCAGGGGUGAACGAAAGCAGACGUGACACAGAGGCACCAAAGGUUACUGAAGGUGGUUGGACCAAGGUUGAGCGUCAGAAAAAAUCGCCGAGGCAGGACAACAGACAGGCAAAAAGCAGGCCAAGGAGAGGUAGCCGUGGCCGUGGUCGAAGCUGAUUCUGUCACCCAUAGGUUGCUGCUCUCUUCAGAAACUGAAACAGUUAUGUUGACACUACCUUGAUGUUCAUAUGUGGUCAAUCUGUCACUAGCGUGCAGUAUAGUUGUACACACUAAUCUAAUCACAUAAUUCUGUUGUUUUUAACAUUGGAGGUGACACCUCUAGCUUCCUAGCCACAUAAUUAGUCCCUACCUAAUCUUCCCUCCUUUUCCUCCUCUAUUGCCAUAUUGUAAAGGCUUUUAAACUACCAAUGCAGCUCCAGAUCACUGCCAUUCAUUAUUUUUAAACUUAAUUUGGCUCUAUUUUUAAUAUGGCAGUACAAUGAUUGUUAAAGCUUUUUAUCCUUGAAAUCAAUUGAACCAAACUUAUUUUUUAUUGCAUUAUGUUAAGUUUCUUGCAGUACUGCAGAAGAUCUAUGCUGGACAUCUGUUUAUCUUCAUGCUUUGAUUAAUUACAUUAUGGCAUCUUAACAAUUGUGUUCAGCAGAAUGUAUUUGCGAUUAAUUACAGGACAUGAAACAUUUAUUCAGAUUAUAUUUCAAUGUGUUGAUUUUCAAAUAUUUUGAAUAUUUGUAUUGUAAUUUAUAUACCUGAUAUCACUAUUUGUAUUUUUAAUAGAAUUAUCUACCUGAUGUAACUGUUUUUAACAUGUCAUUAAGAGGUUUACUUAAUGCUAUUGUACAGGAAGUAAAAUGUUAGUUAUAUAAGCCUUUUGUAACUGUUAUGAGAAUCUCCAGAAAUUAGCAUUUUGUUUUGAAUGUGCCAAAUUACUUUA